AUGGAAACUCCUCCAGUCAACGCCCGGUUAGAGGAACCAUGUUUCGCAUUCUCCUUGAACCUGGGCCAGAAGGAGGAAGUUGAGGGCAAAACAGUUCGGAUCCGUGAGCAACUGGACGUGGAGAAUGAGGUGAGCCCGACCUAUUCCUCUGGUUCUUCGGACCCUGAGGAAUCGCCCAUCGCACGGUGCCGCUCACUGCAGCCGCCACAGCGGGCCUUGCCUGUGGUACGGGCCCGGGAGGCGAAAAAUCCAACUUUGAUGACUAGCAAGGUACCGUCAACGCUGUGCCGUGGCGUGGCUACGGAGCUUUAG